UAGGAAUCGCUGCCAUUUCGCGUUCUCUUUUGCUCAAGCUGCCGAGGCGGGAUCUCCAUACGGCUUUGUGUCCAGUUCCCCAUCGUUGCUUUAAAGGGGGGUAAUUAACAAUGUCCGGAGGUCUUGAAGUCCUUCAAAUGAAGGAGGAAGAUGUCCUCAAGUUCCUGGCUGCAGGAACUCACUUGGGUGGCACAAACCUCGACUUCCAAAUGGAGCAAUAUAUCUACAAGAGAAAAAGUGAUGGUAUUUACAUAAUAAACCUAAAGCGCACAUGGGAGAAGUUGCUACUUGCAGCUCGUGCCAUUGUAGCCAUUGAAAACCCUGCUGAUGUUUGUGUCAUCUCUUCAAGGAACACUGGUCAACGUGCAGUACUGAAGUUUGCAUCUGCGUGUGGUGCCACACCAAUUGCUGGGCGUUUCACACCUGGUACAUUCACCAACCAGAUCCAAGCUGCCUUUCGUGAGCCACGGCUGUUAGUGGUGACCGAUCCUAGGGCUGACCACCAACCCCUCACUGAGGCAUCGUAUGUCAACAUUCCCACCAUUGCGUUGUGCAAUACAGAUUCACCCCUGCGCUAUGUGGAUAUUGCUAUUCCUUGCAACAAUAAGGGUGCACACUCCGUUGGUCUCAUGUGGUGGAUGUUGGCUCGUGAGGUCCUGCGUAUGAGAGGUACAAUUUCUCGUGAACACCCAUGGGAGGUUAUGCCUGACUUGUACUUCUACAGGGACCCUGAUGAGAUUGAUAAAGAGGAACAAGCUGCAGCAGAGAAGGCUGCUACAAAAGAAGAGUACCAAGGUGAAUGGACUGCACCAGUCCCAGAUUUUCCACCUGCAGAGGUUACCGAUUGGUCGGAGGGCGUACAGGUUCCAUCUGUGCCUAUUCAGCAGUUUGCGCCAGAACGUGCAGACAUUCAAGCUGCUCCAAAACCUCAAGCAGAGGACUGGAGUUCCCAACCAGCAAGCACAGAUGACUGGUCUGCUGCACCAACUGCUCAGGCAUCUGAGUGGGUUGGAACAACAACUGAAUGGUCUUAAAGGAAAUUGUAAAGUGCUAUUGUUCAUGAAAAAUGGAUAGUAAAAAAAAGUCCUUUUGAA